AGUACUACUUCUAGUACAGUUGUAUUUCAUGAGAUGUGGAUUUUUUUUUAAAUGAAAAAAUAUUGAUCUCAAAUGAAAACUUAGAAUAAUAAGAUUCAAUAAUGAAAGAUUAAUUCAUCAGGUUACUUUUCCAAUUCCGCUUGAUCAUAUCCUUAUGAAUAAAUGUUACAUAGGAUCAAUGAAUAAUUGAUUAACCUUGAAAUUAUGUCAUUAAAACUUUGAAAGGUAAACUUUAUUGACAAGGUAUAAAGUAAAACUCCACGUUCAAGCAAAUACACAUACACACACACACAAAUACAACUAUACUUAUUCUGGAACAAACUGAUAUCAUUAAAAAAUAAUAAAGUAAUCAGUAGUAAUUAGUACUAUACAAAUCAUGAAUGUUAACCAUAAUCCAUUUGAUAAUUCUUAAAUGAAUAAAGAAUUAACUCGUAAACGUUCCAGAUAUCAUAGUCAUAAAAUUGACAAAUUUUUAUUACAAGAAUAUGAACAUCGUAAAAAAGAAAUUCAAUUACUUUUAAUUGGUUUACCGAAUUCUGGCAAAAAUACAUUUUGUAAGCAAAUGCGUCUACAUUUCGGUGAUGGUUUCCCUGUAUCAUAUCGUAAUGAAAUGAAACCAACAAUACUAGCCAAUACAACUGAUGCUAUUGCUAUGGUGUUAGAAUAUAUGAAAGAUGCUAAUAUUGGUUUUUCAGAUAUUUUAGCUCAUAAACUUCAAGAAUAUUUAGUGAAUAGUCGAUCAGAAAAUGGAUGGAUCACAAAAGAUUUUAUCAUAUUCGAUGAAAAAUAUACAACUAAUUCUAAUCAUAUUGAUUAUCAUAUACUUAAACGUCAAGAAUCAUCAUUUAAAUCUAAAGUCAAUCAUGAUGCGGAACAUUUCACUUAUCCUUGUUAUGAUGAUCCUCAUGCAAAAUAUUUUAAUCAUCAUCAUAAUUGUAUAACAAUUAGUUCUAGUUUACCAAGUUUUACAAUAUCAACAUCAUUAUCUCCUUCAUUUAAUGAAUCUAUUCAAUCAACUAGUCAACAAUAUUUAAGUAAUACAAAUAAUCCUUUAAAUAAAAUUCAUGAUUUCACUAUGGACACAUAUAACUCUUGUAUACAGUCUUCAUUCAAUACUACUACGACUACUACUACGACGACGGCGACGACUACUACUUCUACUAUGCCCACUAAUACUACUACUACACGACUACUAC